AUGGCGGAGCAGCGAUUGAAGGCGGCCAUUCUGGUGGUGUCAGAUACUGCAUUCCAGGAUCCAUCCUCGGAUCGAGUCUUCGGCACGCUGAUCGAUGUGUUCCCGGCCGACGGGCCUUGGGAGAAGCCGAUCACCAAGAUAGUGCCGGACGAUGUACUUCAGAUCCAGCGAGCUGUGUGCGACUGGACAGACAGUCCCAGUCCAGUGAAUCUCGUUCUUAUAAGUGGUGGAACCGGCUUUGCGGUUAAGGAUAACACCCCCGAGGCUGUCACGCCUCUCCUUCACCGCCAUGCACCUGGUCUCGUGCAUGGCAUGAUUGCCGCGUCGUUGAAGGUCACGCCUUUUGCUAUGAUGGCUCGACCUGUCGCUGGGACCCGACACAAGUCACUAGUUAUCACUCUGCCCGGAUCCCCAAAAGGUGCAAAGGAAAACCUUGAAGCUGUCAUCAAACUGUUGCCUCACGCAUGUACCCAAGCGGCUGGUGCGGACUCGAGGACGCUCCACGCUGGAGGGAUCAAGAAGCUCGAAGCUGAAGCUGGGGUAAAGUCAGAGUCACAACAUGAUCAUCAUCACCAUCAUCAUCACGAACAUACUCACUCUCACUCUCAUUCUCAUGGUCAUGGCCAUGGACACGUCGUUCCAAGAGCACAUACAACGCCUUCUGAACGGCGGUCAAAUGACCCCGCAGCAGGGGCAACCCGGCGAUACCGCGAGUCGCCGUAUCCCAUGCUCUCCGUGGACGAAGCACUGAGGCAAGUUUCAGCUCACACUCCGGAGCCGGAGGUUAUCGAGGUUCCGGUGAAUAUUGACCUCGUCGGAUACGUUAUCGCGGAAGAUGUUUACGCCGCCGAGGCGGUUCCAGCAUACCUUGCAAGUAUCGUUGAUGGAUAUGCUGUCAUUGCUCCUGAAUCUCCAGAUGACGGACACAGUACAAAGGGAAUCUUUCCUGUGGCUUCUAUUACCCACGCCAAUGAGGAGGGAGCGCUAGCACCGCUUGAGCCAGGCACCAUCGCCCGGAUAACAACCGGCGCUCCUCUUCCGCCCAAUGCGAAUGCGGUGGUCAUGGUGGAGGAUACUUUACUAGCGUCAUCGACACCUGAUGGCAAGGAAGAAGCGACUGUCGAGAUUCUAACUGGAGAGAUCAAGCCCAAUGAGAACGUGCGGCAGCCGGGAAGCGAUGUCGCUCUAGGAUCCAGGAUCCUUCAGCGGGGUGACCUAAUCACGCCUGUCGGUGGUGAAAUAGGCCUGCUGGCAGCUACCGGGACAAGGACCGUCAAGGUAUUCAAGAAGCCCGUCGUGGGUGUUUUGAGUACUGGCGACGAGCUCGUAGAGCACGACGAUCCCCGGUCUCUUCAGGGAGGGCAGAUUCGAGACUCAAAUCGGCCCUCGAUCCUAUCUUGCCUGAAAUCAUGGGGGAUUCCCGCCGUUGAUCUAGGUAUUGCCCGCGAUACGCCUGCGGGCGAGCUGGAACAAAGCCUACGGGAUGCUCUUCGUGGAGUCGGAAAGUCCAACACCAGCGUCGAUGUAAUCAUCACUACAGGCGGUGUUUCUAUGGGGGAGCUCGAUCUGCUAAAGCCCACCAUUGAACGCUCUCUCGGCGGGACUAUCCACUUCGGUCGUGUCUCCAUGAAACCAGGAAAGCCGACCACUUUUGCCACCGUUCCGUUCAAGCCAACGUCCUCUGCAGCAGGCCAACAAGAACGCAGCUCUCGACUGAUCUUCUCUCUCCCUGGCAACCCAGCCUCAGCACUGGUCACUUUGAAUCUCUUUGUCCUCCCCUCAUUACACAAGCUCAUCGGCCUCGGCCAGAAGCAGGCUGCAUUAGGCAUCGCGCCGGCGCUUGGACUACCCCUUGUAGCAGUAACAUUGUCACAUGCUUUCCCGCUUGACCCUAAACGCACGGAGUACCAUCGGGCUAUUGUUACAGCGUCUCCCAAAGAUGGACGGCUCUAUGCCACAAGUACAGGGGCAGAGGGCGUAGGACAGCGUAGUUCCCGGGUCGGUAGUCUAGCCAGUGCUAAUUCUCUCCUGGUGCUUCAGCCUGGGAAGGGCUCGAUUGCGCAAGGGAGUCUGGUCGAGGCACUGAUGAUGGGGCCUAUUGUACGUGAAGGUGCUGCGGUUGCACUAUGA